AUGUCUGCAAGUAUAGAGAACUCUACAAUGAAGAGCAGCUUCUCGCUGUCGUCGCUGAGACCGGCGCACGCGCAGACGAACGGAGCGAUGGAUCAUCUAGAGAGACGAUACCACAGUCUGACUAAGAAGAGGAAGGAGCCAUGUCGCGAGGCCUGGCGUCGUAGUUGGGGCUCAGCGGCGAGCGGCGGUAGUGUCGCCGAUGACCUAUGGCCUCUGUUACAACAACACUACGAGUAUAUCAUGGAUAAUCAGAUCAUAGACUCGUGCAAGCUGAAAAUGAUUGAUUAG